UCUUGUCACCGCUUGGCGUGUGUAGCGAUGGUGCUGCCGCUCGUUCUGCUGCUAGGUUUGUUCGGGCUGGGAAGCACGGCACAGUGGCCAACACCGCGCCGGGACGCCGCAUAUCCGCCACCGGAAAUGCUCGCCUUCUUGAAACCGUUCGGUGCGCUAUGUGUGAAGGAAACGGGCGUUACGCCCGGUGCGAUCAAGCGUUUCGGGGAUGAAGAUAUCUUCGACGAUGAUCGGGCGCUCAAGUGCUACAUGGACUGUAUGUUUCGCAUGACGAACGUGACCGAUGAUCGGGGCGAGCUGCAUAUGGGGAAGCUGCUGGAUCACGUACCGCACGAGUUUGAGGAUAUUGCGCUGAAGAUGGGCGUCAGGUGUACACGGCCGAAGGGGAAGGAUGUGUGUGAACGAGCCUUCUGGUUUCACAAGUGCUGGAAACAAUCGGACCCGGUGCACUACUAUCUGGUUUGAUGAAGGAUCUCCAGGGAAAGGAUCAUAGUUAAGUAAGUAAAAACUCUGCCGUAAGCUGUGCUAGUAGGAGGCUGCUACUGCUGUCUGCCGGUUCGUACAACAACUAGCCGAAAGUCUCGCGAUGGUCACGAAUGCCAUCGUUUAGCGAUCAAUCAAUCCAAUUGUUUGGUGAGGUGACCCAACGAAGUACAACCCAACGCUGGAAAAGAAACCCAACGUGACUGUUUUAUGAUUGAUUUCAAAAUAAAUAGUAAGCGCAGUGAGCGUUUAGUUGCUCUUUGUUUAGCGGAUAGCAAGCUGAGGUGG